GGUGAGGGUGUAAAUUCUGUUUCCACAGAAGUUGCAUGUCCCCUGCAACUGGAACGGCAGCGGUAGCAGCAGCAGUCAAACUCGUGAGCAGCAGGGGUCAUGCGUGGCCGCUCCUGCCUGCAGCAGCCGGCAAUUGCGAAAUAAAUGAGAGAGAGAAAAAAAACCACCCUUCGGGGUGUGGAGGAAGGCAAAAAAAAAGGGAAAAUGUAGCCAUGAGGUGGAGGGGGGAGGAUGUAUGGCUGUGUGGGUAGGGCUCAGUGUAAGUGUGUGUGUGUACACACACGGCCGUGUUGAGCAUGGGGGAGGUAAGGCGGUAGACAGCUGAUUGUUGUGGGAGGUGGCGUUGGGGGGGUGGUGGUGGAGUUAGUCGGAGUGGUGUAAGGAGUGGACCGUGCGUGAAUUUUUUCAGCUGAAGUUGCGGUUGUAAUUUCAACAAACAAAAAAUCUCUCUCUCUCUCUAUAUAAAUACACACCCCACCUCGCGCUUCGCGAGAGAAUCCUUCAGCUGCCGUGCCAGACCGUUCGCCGUGGCUCGGGGCAGCGCACGCUCGCGCGAAAAACAAGCCAAGAGGGAAGGGAGGAGAAGGAACGGAGGAGAAAGAAACACUGCAGGCGGCUGCACUGAGUGCACAAAGAAGUAGGCGCCGCCGACGCUGCCGCGUUGGCCGAUUAGACGCGGCGCGUCUCGGGCUGCGAGGUUCAGCAAAGGGCCGCCUUGACGGAGCGACGCGCGUGUCUCGAGACAAUGACAGCGGCGGUGGCGGUAGCAGUUGCGUGACACAACGACAAUGGGAGAGCGUCAGGACGCAAACAUCCACCCACCCACAGCCACCCACCCCCAUCACCACCGACCCUGCGGGUUCUCCCUCUUGUGCUGCUGAGUGAGUAGCAGCAGCGGCGGCGGCAGCGAUGUGAACGAAAGGCAACGAACGCGCACGAGACACUCUCUGUGUACGACGCCGCCGGCUGCUGCUGCUGCUGCUGUUUGCUGCUCGUCUCGUCCCAGCCCAGCCGAUACUUUUACGCACGCCGCAACUUGACUGCAUCACCCACCACCAAGCAAGAGUGCGGCCGAUCAUAAGCUGACGGAUGGUUCCAUUGGGUGGGCUACCUUAUACAGGACACAAAGUUCAACCUAAUCAUUGUGUUGCCACAGUGACACAAGCAGGGCUCACAACCCAUAUUAUCUCUUGGUCUUGAAGCACAUUUGCCUGUAACUGCUGUUAACAUUAUUUUGCUGGGAUCCACAUUAUUGAAUCGAAAUGCCUUCAAGAGCAUAGCUCCUCGGGCACAUGUCUGAUGGCUUGGUGAAUGACGAACAAGAAGAAGAAUGAGAACCAGAAUUAAAUACUUCAUCGUUCUUCUGCUCAUUGCCGUCCUGGUCAUCAUAGAAAAGGAAAACCAUGUCAUUUCAAGAGUCACGGAAAAGUUAUCCGAGAAUUCCAUCAGUGGUAAAGUGUUUUCACACAAUGAGCCGAAUUCCAGGACUAUGGGGUCUCAAAACUCAUCUUCGUCCACCGCUGCUGUAUCGAUGACCAGCGACAGAAGCUCGCCGAGACCUCGAGCCGACAGAAACGGCACGGUCAGGGCGGCACGCCGGCUCGUGCCGCAUCAGACCAACGCGUCGUCUGUUCCGCCGAAGCCCAGCAGGAAGCACAUCGUGCUGCUCACCACCACGAGGACGGGCUCCUCCUUCAUCGGCGAGUUCUUCAACCAACACAAGGGGAUGUUCUACCUAUUCGAGCCGUUCUGGCACGUGGAGCGCACCGUCAAGCUGGCGGGGCCCUACACGGCCAGCGCCACCGCCCUGUCCAUCGUGUACCGCGACGUCCUGCGGCAGCUGCUGCUGUGCGACGUCCCGUCGCUCGGGGGCUUCCUGGAGCCCCCGCCGCAGGAGCACGUGACGGGCGCGCUCUUCCGCCGCGGCUCCAGCCAGGCGCUGUGCGAGGAGCCGGCGUGUGGCGGCGGAGCCGGCGGCAGGGCCAGCAGCAGCAGCAGCAGCAGCACGGGGAGUACGCGCGAACGCUUCCCGUGCCGCAUGCGCCGCUGCGAGGCUCUCAACCUGACGCUGGCGGCCCAGGCCUGCCUGCUCAGGGAGCACGUGGCCAUCAAGACGGUGCGCAUCCGCAACCUGCCCACGCUGAGGGCAGUCGUCGACGACCCGCGGCUUGACGUCAAGAUAAUCCAGCUGGUGAGAGAUCCACGGGCCGUGCUGGCCUCUCGCAUGGUCGCCAUGCCAGGGCAGUAUGAGGCCUGGGAGAAGUGGAAGCUGACCGGGGCCAAGCCAGACGACCUGGACAUCAGCCGCAUCAAGAACACCUGCGACAACAUGAAGAUCACAGCAGAGAUGGGGUGGAGCGGCGGGCAGUGGCUGCGCGGUCGCUACAUGCUCGCGCGCUAUGAGGACGUAUCGCGGGAGCCGCUCGCCAAGGCGCAGGAGAUGUACCGCUUCGCCGGCGUCAACAUGGAUGCCUCCGUGGUGCGCUGGAUCGAGAGGAACACGCGUGCCACAGAGCCCAUGGUGGCCGUGAAGAGGGUGCUGGAUAUCGGUGACGUCUUCUCGACCGCGCGCAACUCGGCGAAGCAGGCGGAGCGCUGGCGCCUCUCCAUCCCGUUUGCAUUCGUGCAGGUCGUGCAGGAGGUGUGCGCCCCAACGUUGAGAAUGUUUGGCUACCGCCUGGCCACGAGCGCCCUGGAUCUCGCCAACAUGAACGUCAGCCUCGUGGAGGAGCACAUCCUUGGCGUGCCAACCUAGAGCAGAGUGGCAGCCGCCAAUGCUGCUGCUGCAGAAUGCCUGCCACCCGUUUGGUAAUGUCUGAAGUUGUCGAAGAUGACCGCAGCCCUGGUUGGACAUCACCAUAAUUCACACAGUGGAAAAAGACACUCUUCUCUAAGGACCUAUGGCAAUAUGGCUGAACACCCUCCUCAUUGAUUACCAUUUUAUGGGCUGAGAUCUGACCCACCAUAAUAUAAGAUCACAGCCAAAUAAUCUACAUCUAGGUUUGGCUUUUACACGCCAGCCCGAUAGAAGUAUGGGCCAAAGUAGCACUUUUUGGAAGCCUGAAUUUAUUUCCUGGCUUCAGCACUAUAACUUUGGACCUGGUUAACAUUGAUUAGCCAUGUGAGAUUGUACAUAGGACCCACCCUGGCAGUGAACACAUAUAUUCUGCUUUGAAAUGAGCUGAAGGGAUCCAUGUGGAUAUUUAAUUCACAUCUACCAUCUGUUAUGAUGCAUAGUGUUUACCUGUUAGCGGUUUAUGAAUGAGAGGUUGAAAUCAAAGUUUCUUACGUGUGAAAACGUGCAUAUUUCCAAAAAAUAUUUAAAUAUAUCUAAUGAAAAUCACAAAAUUGUGAGUUUUUAGAUUUAUACCAAACAUAGAUUUAACAAUUCAAUACUCGAGUAAAUUAGUGAAAACUACAUGUUGUUUGACACUGAAAACCUGACUUCUAUUAUUACUAAGACAUUGACUUGUUAUAUUAUCAUUAAGCUACAUGGGUCCCAUGGUAGCCAGAUGGCUCAGCACUCCAACUACUCAGCUGUCACCACUUUGCAGGUUUGAAUCUAAACAAAGCUUGCCGUGAAUGAAUGUGGUUUUCAAGUGCAGUUGGCUGACAGUCUCACCGCAGUUACAACUGACCACGUUUUGCAUUUAAUUUGGCUAAAUUGCUGCUCUGAGAAUCAAGAAUAUUGGUUUGAACAGCAUGGGAUGAACAUUUAUCUCUGUAGCUGGGCAGGUGGGAAAGUGCUGCCCCUAUACUGUAGAAAAUUGGUCACUUGCAAAUAUUUUUUGAAGCAGUUCUGCAACAUCUCCUUCUACAGACCAUUCUCGAACACAAGAGGAUGCAAUGCUCUACGAGAUUUCGGAAUGGGUUCUUCAUCUCAUGAAAAAAGCACAUUUGAAAUAGAUUUGUGGAAAAAGACAAUAAUGACAUUAAUUACCACAUCAGUAUCAUGGGACCUCCUUUGCCAGUACCAAAAUAUGAUAAUAGGUUUUUCCCCUUUUUUCUAGCAACAAAACAGGUGUUAAGACGCUAAAACACCACACAAGUAUCGUGGUUAAUGCGGACAUGAUUCCUUGUAAAAGGUUUCAGUUUGGUGUUUUAGCGUCUUAACACCUGUUUUGUUGCCAGAAAAAAGGGGAAAACCCUGUUAUCAUACCACAUCAGUCCCACGCUUAGACCAAUUUACUUUGCAUUUUAGACUCUGCUAUUCUGGUGCGUACCGUAGACAAAAAUAAUCAGUGUCAUGGGUUAGGAAAUCCAUGCUUAAUAUGUAAACAUGAAAUGCAUAAAACGAUCUGUCAUGAAAGACGGAAAGACAAAUUAAGUCACGGGGUGACUGAUGUUUGCUUGUUUGACAAAAUCUUCACAAUCACCCCAUAUCUAUGUACUUUGACUAUAUCUGGUAUUCUCACAGUUGCAGCACAUUAUUACAUUUUGUAUUGCAUUUUCUCGCAAAGAGGUGAUAUCGUGACAUUGUAUAUGUUCGUGCGGAUGUCAUAUUUGUUGAAGAAACCCGAGAGAAUGUGUCGUAAUAAUUAUUUAUUUACGUCGUGUAUUUCAUUGUUUUUGCUGGUCACAACUGUAUUCACAUAUUGAGACAUUGCUUGCCUUCGCAGACGCAAGUUCACACUCGAAUGCAUGUUGACACAGCUUGGUGGGUUGGGAAGAGUUCAUUUGCACAAUCAUUUAGACGCUAUUCCAACAGAAUUACCUUUAUUUCCAUGUUAACAGGAGUGAGUGCCAGUGUGCCCGAGUGUAAAUGAUGGAGAUAUUUGAUAAUUACCCACAUGACAACUACAAAUUAAGAUCGAUGUGAUAACUUUUCAUUCCAUUAUGUAUAUGUGCAUUGAAUGUCAUUCCAGCACUGCUGCAAAUGUACUCAAGAAAUGUUUUAUAGCUGCUGUGUGUGGAUUUGAAAAAAA